GCGAGCUACAGGAUGUCUAUGUCUUGAAUAGCGCAGCAGCAAUGGUCGUCUUGUGCCGAUUACAAUCGUAACAAUCCCUUCAACAUGGCCAUGCCGUUCCUGCCGUCCGUCGGCGCACUCUUGCGCCCGCACAACGCCCUCCAGCACGCCCUUCGCCAUGCGCUCCACAGCAGCGCCGUGCUGCUUGCAAAACAAAUGCCGCCGCGGCGCAUAAUCCCCGAAUCCGAGAUCAUAGAGAACUUCCUCAAGGGCUCCGGGCCCGGAGGGCAGAAAAUCAACAAGACCUCUUCGGCUGUCCAGUUGAAGCACAUUCCCACGGGCAUCGUCGUCAAGUACCAGGAUACGCGCUCGAGGGCGCUCAAUCGCAAGGUGGCGAGACAGCUUCUGCAGGACAGACUGGAAGAGCUUGAGUUGGGGGAUGGGGCGCGCACAAGGGUCAGGGCCAGAGAGAAGAGCAAGAAGAAGGCUAGUAGUGAUAAGAAGAAGCGGAGGAAGUACCGCGCGUUGGAGGCCGGCAAGGCGGGCGAGGAAGGCGCUGAGGAGCCUGAGGAAGACAACGAGGAGGGCGAUGCGGAGCUUGAGGGUGAGGCUGCUGACCAGAGCGCCGACACACCCAGCAAACGGGAGGGCGUCGACAAAGCGGGUUGAAUGCGCAUAUGGCAAGUGGGCAUUAUACAAGUCAUGAGGCUCAGCUAUGAGCGGGAGCAUAAUCACACAACGCUGCUGGAGGCACCAAGGGCGCAGGUCUUCAGACAUGAGAGCGAGAGGCUGCAGCUGGAGACAGCGACCGCUCGUUUCUCGACAGCAAGCAGACGCGUCGACGUGCCGUGAGACUAUGAAGCUAUGGAGAAGCAGCCAGCACAGUGACAAUAAGAGCGGUCAUGUGGAUAGGGUUAUGAGCCGUAUGGGCUACAUCACACACAAUAGCACAACAAAAACAUAUUCCAAACUCAUGUCCGCACACGUUU